CGGGCGCGGGGCGGCUCUGCGGCCAGGCUGGGAAGAGGCGGGCGCUCGGCUCGCCAUGGCCGCUGCGGUUUCAGUCUGAGCGGCGUCCACCCCGCGGUCCCGGGCCGCCCGGGCCAUGCGGCCUCCGCCACUGUGGCUGCCGUUGCUGUUGCUCUGUGGGCUCGGCGCCGCGGUGUCUUCGCCAGACUCCUUGUCCCAGCUUGCUGCCCCUCGGAAGCUGAAGCUUCACCUGUACAAUGACGAGCAGAUGCUAAGCUGGGAGCCUCCGCCCUCCAGCAACGACACGAGACCAGUGGUCUACCAGGUGGAGUACAGCUACGUCGAUGGCUUUUGGCAUAGGCUGCGGGAGCCGAACUGUACGGACAUCGCAGAGACCAAGUGUGACUUCACAGGAGGCGGCCGCCUGAAGGUUUUCCCAUACUCAUACACAGUGUUCCUGCGGGUUCGAGCCAGGCGCGGACAGCACACUUCCCACUGGGCGAAGCUGGAUCCAUUUCAACACUAUGAGAAUGUUACUGUUGGACCUCCAAAAAACAUCUCGGUGACCCCAGGGAAAGGCUCCCUCGUCAUACACUUCUCCCCUCCCUUUGACGUGGUCCAGGAGGCAACUUUUCAGUAUUUUGUCCACUACUGGGAAAAGACAGAAACCCAAAAGGUUAAAGGCCCUUACAAGACCAACUCCAUUGUGCUGGAUGAUUUGAAGCCAUUCAGAGUAUAUUGUUUACAAACCGAGGCCCAACUGAUUUUGAAAAACAGAAAUAUUGAACCGCACGGGCUCCCGAGCAAUGUAUCUUGUCAUGAAACAACAGCAGAUGCGUCCACCAGUCUGCAGCAAGUCAUCCUGAUCCUUUUUGGCAUCUUCAUGUUGCUGCUGGCGCUGACGGGAGCCUGCUUCAUCCUGUUCCUCAGAUACCAAAGCCGGGUGAAAUACUGGUUUCAAGCUCCACCAGACAUCCCAGAACAAAUAAAAGAGUAUUUAAAGGACCCAGAUCAGCUCAUCCUGGAGGCCUUGGACAAGGACGGUUCGCCGAAGGAUGAGGCCUGGGACUCCGUAUCAAUCAUUUCGUCUCCAGAGAAGGAGCAGGAUGAUGUGCUCCAAAUACCCUGAGGCAGGCCACGGUCUCUGCUUGCACAGAGGACAAUGAUCAGGGCAGCUUCCAGAGACUGCCACUGCCCCAGGGACAUCUGCCGCGGCUUGGGGGGGACGGGGGAUGGUAUAUUGUUUAGUCUUUAUGAGUUUUCUGGAUCCUGCAAGUAUCUAAAAGGACUCCACAGAAAGGAAUCUCAGGAAAAGAAAGGUUCCUCUCAAACACUAAAAGACAGUCAGUCCCAUCACUGGCAGCCUACGCGGCUACAGGCCUGAGGUUCUUUCUUCAGUGUUAGCUGCUCUGGCCGUCAGAAGACUGGUUCCUCGGCUUCACUCUGGAAGAUGAGUUGUCCCAGGCAUCCCAGCCUGGCACAAAGAGGGGCCCUCAGUGUCCCCUUCAUGUCCAGUGUGAUGACUUAAAUGUGACUACCCUAGGCUCAGUGUUUGCCUAGCAUGUACAAGGCCCACCCCAACACCUCACGCACAUGGAGGUGGUUAAUCUUGUAAAUAAUGUCCGAUAAUUUAAGUCUUUUUUUUUAACCUAGAAAUAAAAGAUUGUAUAUUAAACUUUUUUCUAAAAAGUC